GACUUACUUCAUCAAAAAAGCGUUAAGUUGCUCAUUGAUGCCUUCAAUUGGCUUGCUGACCCACAUGGGAGCCAAGUGAAUGUACAAUCUAAUGGAGACUUCUGAAAAUGCCGAGAAUUCCGAGCUUGGAGUAGCGUUCAAAACGGUCAUUCGCGACUUUUUAGAGGCAACAUUGUCUCCAUGUGAACUUGUACCGUGACUGCCUUUUCUUUGCGUCACCGUCUUAAAGAGACCCCGAGAGGCACGUCGCUUCACCUUUCACAUUUACUGCAGUUUUAUUGUCAUGGAUGAGCCCGAUGAAUCGACGCCAGUAUCUUUCAAGGCGCUGAAAGAACGAUGGCAAAAACAAGAAUCCUCUGUUUCUCCGAAAAGUGUCGAGAAUUCAUCUCGUCAGUCGCCAUUGAACACACCUCCGAAAGGCACCUAUGGUGUCGCGGUGACUCCACCUUCCAAGAGUCCCGCUCCUCCAGUCUCUAAAACAGCACCUCGACCAGCGUCAGAGAAUGCAAAUGAACCUAGCAAUAAGCCGCCAGUUCUUGAUGCUAAGAGAUCGGUUCCUGUAAUAACACCCGAAAUUCUUGCCAAGAAAGGUACUCCACCGCCUCCUCCUUCCAUGGGCUUAGCACGACCAUCUAAGCCGAAAGAGGACAUCGAUACAAACGUCAAACCUGCUCAAAUGGUGAAAACGGACGAAAUCGAUAAUGAACCACCAAAGAGAGUGUCUAUGCUAAGCCAACAGUUUGAAGUUACUUCUUUGCAGUCACAGCAACGCAACGGAACAUUUACCUAUAAAUCCGUGCCAACUCCCAAAGAGGCUGUUUUAGUCUCAAAGCCGCCAAAAUCGCAACCCGAAGACAUUUUUGAAAGGCCUGCAGAAGCAUCACAUCGGCAUCCUAGCUUUGACCCUCGUGUCGACUCGGGAACUUUAAAGACAGUCAUGUCUCCUGAACAACUGGUGGAUAAAGCUAGCGACAACAGUAACGAAUUUCCAUCUCCUUUUGACGAAGAGCUCGACAGUGAUGAAGAUAGCGACGAAGAAGCCAAACAUACUAGCGUCAAACAAAAGCGAGCACCACCUCCCCCUCCACCCAGUCGUCGAACAAGAAUUGCUCAGCUUCACCAAAAUCCUGAAGCAUCUCCUCUUCAAAGCUCACAACCCUCUUCGCAAGUGCAGGACACUCUACGUCAUAUACCCGUAAAGCCGAUGCUUACCGACCAACCAACCAAACCACCACGCCUAGAUGCUGCUGCAACCGAAAAGCCACCAGUGUCACUGGAUCAUAAUAGAUCUAUGCACAUUUUGGAACAGCCAGCCCCUCUUUUACCUCCCCGACCUAUUCUAGCGAACCGCACACACAAUGAUUUCGAAGCUGUGGAUCCAACUAUCAUGAGCAACAUCAGACAAUCCCCAAAACCUCUUGCUAGAGCCAGAACCAUCGGUGCUGGUAGCCUAGAUGCUGCACCACCUUUACCAACUCGACCUAUGGACUCUAGAGCUUCGUCUAUCAGUCGAUCUUCAACCAUACACAGCUCAACUGACUCGCGAACCCUUGGCACUAGCGAAGGUUCAUUGUCCGACCAAUCUUCUCCUGGUCUCCGACGAAGCCAGACCAUAGCUCGAACUGAGCGUCUACUAGGCGCCAAGAUAUACCCUGAUCAUGCCAAUGCUAAUCGCAGUCCACCUUAUAUCCAUGGAAGUCCACUGACCGUCCACCACCGUGGUCCUGUUAAACUUUUUGCCAUAUCGGGACAACAUGUCAUUACAGGGACCCAAAACACUAGGAUUUAUAACGCUAGCACGGGCAUCAACACUGCCACAAUCGAUCACACAGCAUCGAACGAUAUCAACAAUCGUGUCUGCUCUAUGGCCUUUCCUCCAUCUCUCUCUUUUGCAGACGAAGGGCGCUACUUGUGGCUUGGUAUGCAAGAUGGAGCCAUCCUGGUGGUCGACGUUCUCAAGGGUGAUAUCAUCGGUAAGCGAACGGAUGUCCAUAGUGCGCCCAUCACCAACAUGCUACGAUACGGAAACGAAGAGAUCUGGACCAUCGACGAUGCUGGCCAUAUGAACGCAUGGCCCGUCAUUAAAGGCAGCAGAGGGCAUACGAAUCAUCCUCUUGAAAUUCACCCUCGUCGUGAGCAUGUAUCCAGCAAAUUGAAUUUUGCGAUUAUUGUCGAACAGCAGCUUUGGAUGGCAUCUGGGCGGGUUUUGGAUGUAUACGAUGUCAAGCUUUCGGGUGGCUCUACGAAUAGGAUCCAUACACGCGUUCCAAAUAACGUCGGCAAUGUUACGCAACUCGCUGCUGUCCCCUACCACCGAGACAAGGUGUUUGUCGGCCAUGACGACGGAAAAGUCACGGUUUGGGACACCGCUACAUUGGAAAUCACUCAGACUAUUUCGCUUUCAAUCUACGGCGUCUCUUGUAUGCAAGCCGUUGGCGAAUACUACCUCUGGGCUGGCUACAACACGGGUAUGAUCUACGUAUAUGACACCCGGCCCGAACGAUGGGAAGUUGUCAAGAUGUGGAAAGGCCACGGCGCUCAAGUCCUUCAUAUGCUUCUGGACGAAACUCCCUUGGUCAAGGAUAAUGAUUUGAUUCAAGUGGCGAGUCUAGACGGCAAUGGCACGAUCCAGAUUUGGGAUGGAUUAUUAAGUGAUAAUUGGCGAGAUCAAGCCAUGAACAAGCGGAUGAAGGAAUACUGUGAUUACCGAGACGCCAAGAUUUUAAUAUCGUCAUGGAAUAUCGACGCCAACAAGCCUGAAAAAUUCGAUGCUCAGGAUGAACAGAAGAUAAGAGAAUGGCUGACCAGCUUACGUGACCCAGAUAUCAUUGUCGUGGGCAUUCAAGAAAUUGUAGACUUAGAGUCCAAGAAGCAAACUGCCAAAUCGUUCUUCAGCACCAAGAAAAAAUCAAGCGUACCGAUGGAGGAGGAGGAAAUGUUGACCCAUCGGUAUCGACUCUGGCACAAUUAUUUAGUUCAUGUGCUGGCUACAGAAUAUGGCCAAGAUUGCUACACCGUGGUCAAAACUGAGCAAUUGGUUGGCCUGUUCAGCUGUAUCUUUGUACGGACCAGUGAAGCUGGCCGUGUCUUUGACAAACAUUCGACGGUGGUCAAAACUGGCUUAAAAGUCAUGAGUAAGAGCAUACACGGUAACAAGGGAGGUAUCGCCAUUCGCUUCCUGUUCGAUCACACCUCCAUGUGCUUUGUGAAUUGCCAUCUUGCUGCCGGGCAAACCCACGUCCGUCAGCGAAAUUCAGACGCCGAAGGAAUUUUACAAUUGGCCAGCUUGGAACCAUUACCCCAAUAUUACGACGUAUUUGUCAAUGGCGGCGACGGUGCUUUCGUGUUAGACCAUGAACUCUGUUUCAUGAGUGGCGAUUUCAACUACCGUAUUGACAUGGGCCGGGAGCAGGUCAUCAAGCUUUUGUCAAGCCCCAACAAAGACGCUGCGUAUGCCACGCUUCAAGCCGAAGAUCAAUUACGCAAACAAAAAAUCGUCUACCCUCUGUUCAAGCUGCUCCUCUUCCAAGAAGCUCCCAUACGGUUCGAUCCAACCUACAAGUACGACCCAGGUACCGACUUCUAUGACCGGUCAGAGAAGAAACGCAUACCUGCGUGGUGUGAUCGUAUCCUAUACCGUGGACCGGAUAUCAAGAGCGAAUACUAUAGGCGCCACGAAGCUCGCGCAUCCGAUCAUCGACCCAUCAGCUCAGGGUUCCUUGUCAAAGUUAAAACCAUCGAUGAUCAACGGAGGGAUCGGAUUAUGGAGAAGGUGGAAUUGGCAUGGCAUCAGACACUGGAAAAAUUAAUCCAGAAGAAAAAAUUAGAUUGGCUGAUGGCGUAUGGAGUAUAUAACCAGUAUGAAGCGCAGCAAGAGCUUGCGUCAGCUAAUUGGAAUAUGAUGGAAGCACUUCAAACUUAACCGGCUUACAGAAAAAAGCAUCGUAUGCCUAAUUUGGUACAAUCACUCAAAACGGACUCUCCGUCCAUUUAGAUCC